GGACACUACACAUGCACAGGGCUCCGUCGCACCUUUUUUUCCCUGUAGUGCGUUUUAUCUGGAAUUUGACUGACAGCCUCGUUUUCACUUUCAAGUUGUUGAAACACUCUAUGACGUCGUAGCAGGCUGAACAGCUGGAGGCAACAGGUGUGAUGGAGGUGGACAUCCUGGAGUUCAGGGUUCCUGUGGAGAACAACAAGACUCUGUUUGUGUGGGACAUCCAGCCGUCUCUCACAGAGGCUCAGAUCUAUGACGGGCUGUUUGCCGUCUUCUCGUCCUUCGGUCCUCUCUACUUGUUGAAGGUGUCUCCUAACGCUCCCCUCCACCCGCCCGGCUUCUACGCCCUCAUCAAAUUCUACUCCGCAGCUCAGGCCUCGAAGGCUCAGCGGCUCACCGAUGGGCGCCCACUAUUCCAGAGCUCUCCGCUCAAGGUGAGGCUGAGCUCUAAGCAGACUCCUCACUUCCCGUCCAGCAGCAGCCAACAUCUGAGCCACAACCGCUGCCUGGAACUGGCCAAUCACUGCCUGGGAUUCAACGGCUGGACCUCUGACAUCGUCACGUUAAAGGAUCUCGCUAGUGAAGAUGAUGAUGAUGAUGAUGAUGAGGUGGAGGAGGAGGGGGGAGUCACUCGGAGGAGGCUGAGGUUCGGCUGCCUGAUGCAGGUCUCCUUCCCUCAGCACAGACAGACGAGCAGGGGAGCAGCAGUGCUGGAGGAAAGCUUCACCUGCACAGGGCCAGAUGUUGCAGCUGUUGUCCUCCAGAGACGCUGUAAACUGCAGAGGCUGGUCAGAGAGAGAGCUCUGGUUCAGGCCUUCUCCGCAGUACUGCUCAUACUUCUAGGUGACGGUAAAGUGAUGGUGGAGGUGAAACGGCCCCCGGAUCAGUUCGUAGCCGAUCACGCCGACGAAGUCCUCCAGGUGAACGAGUUUCCUGCUCGUGAAGACGAGAUCGAAGAUGAUGAGUGGGAUCUCACUGUGUCAUAGACUCCCAGAGCGGUGCACGAUGGGAGUCACGAGAGGCUUGCGAGGCAGUGAUUGGCUGUUUCGGCUCAGGUGACGUGUUGCGGCGUUCCACACGGGACGCCCCGAAGCUUUUGUUGCAGGGACAGAGCCGCACAAUCCAGCUGCGCGACUGAAAGGCUGACGGUAUUUGUUCUCGGCUGUGCAGAUGCUUUUUUUCCUGCCGCUUGAACAGUCUGACGUGUACAGACAAGAACGUGGAGCGAACAGGAAGAAAACUGUGAGACUUGUUACACUGAAAAGCAUAACAUAAAGAUGUAAAUAUUCAAUUUGUUAAUUCUCUCUAAAUGUUUCAACGAUCUUUUUUUGUCUUUGUUUCAAUAAAAGGUUUGUUAAUGUUC